AUGGUCUUCAAGCCAUUCACCCAUCUCGCGCGCCAGAGUUUCACCAAAGCCUUUACCCAUGGCUAUGCUCAGUCGGUAGUGGCCGCGUCGCAGUCCUACGCGUCGUCCACCACUCUCAACCAACUCUCCCUCCAACCAGCCGCCAAAUUCUCUCGCACAACCCAGCUACAGAAUGCCUUCUCCAAUGCCUCCAGCUCAUCUGGCGCUGGCGCCAAGGCUAGCCAGGGUACCGGCAGCAAUGGUGACUUCGGUCUAGCCGCCUACUAUGCUGCCUGGCAGCACGCCCAGCAGACCGGCGACGAUACCGAUUUCCGCCAGUUCCAGUUCAACCGUCGCAUUGGCUGGAAGCCUACCGAGGAAGUCGAGGAUGCAAAGGAUGAGCGCAUCCCUUCCCCCGAGCCUCCACACUUGACCAAGGCCGCUGUCAACGAGAACGUCAGUGCACAGGUCGAGGAGGCCGUCGCUCGAGAGAUCCAGAUUCAGGAGGAGCAGGCACAAGCAGAAGAGGCAUCGAACGUGACUGAGGCUGUCGUUGCUGAGUCCGCUGUCGAGGACGUGGUCAUCUCGGAGGCGAUUUCAGAGGAAAGUAGAGUCGCCUCGGAGCGCAUUGUGCAAUUAGCGACGGACAAGAGCUUCUCUGAGAUCCCGACUGCAUUCGAGUCGAUCCUUCGCGAGGGUCUGACUCCAACUGUCGAGGCAUACAAUGCCUUGCUGUUUGCUGCUAUUCGCCUUCACCCCGAGGCUGCCCAGGCCAUUCACAAGGCUCUCGACGUGUACUCCGACAUGCUUCGUCGCAGGGUAAUUCCCGAUGAAGACACUUAUCAGACUCUCGUUCAGCUGUUGGUCACUCAGGCGAACCAAGCGAUCAAGGCCAAGGAGGUGCUUGAGCAGGAGCGCGUUCGGUACGGUGGUAUGGAGGAGCCCGGCAAGUUUAUGCUGCAGUCCAGCGAACUGGAGCGUGAUCUGCUUGCCGAGGAUGCCUCCCUGUCCAUCGCCGUGAAGCUGUUUAACACCGCCACCAGCCGCCACUCUCGUCUUGUGUUCCCCACCGACUUGUACAGCCAUCUCAUCAUUGCUUGUUCUCGCGAGGGUAAGGUCGAGGAUAUGAUCCGGAUCUACUCUCACAUGGAGAUGCAGAAAGUGACUCCUCACGCGUCCAUCUUCCCCUCCAUGAUCGAUGCCUUUGCCGGCACGGGUGACCUGUCUAGCGUGGUCGAGUGCUACAACGAGUACCGUAGCCUGGCAGUAUCGGACGACAACGGCGUGUUCACCAUUAUCAAGCGUCUCGACGGUGAAGUCUACGCGGCCGUCAUCCGCGCUUAUCUGUCUUGCGGCAAGGAAGAGGGUGCCAUGAACUUCCUAGACCGGAUUCGUUCUUCGUUCGAUGAGGUCACUGAGAACCGCGAAGGCCGUUGGGCCGCGCUGGAAUCUGUGAUCGUUCAGGACGCCCUCGUGCAGCACUUUUUGAAUGUUGGCGAACAUGGCAAGGCCCUCGAGCAAGCCAAGGAGCAAUUGCACGAUGCGGCUCGCGAUCAGGCCAUUUCCCGGAUCUGCAUUUCUGCGGCCGACGCAGGCGAUCUCACCACCGCCUCCGAAGCAUAUGACCGUCUGUCCACCUCCCCCGAUAUUCGUCAGAACCCUGCCGUUUCACUCCUCGCGCUUCACGUCCGUCAGGGCAACGUUUCGGCUGCUCGGUCUCUGUGGAUCAUGCUGAACACGGUGGGUCAGGCAACCCCGGAUAUGGUUCAGCCGACCGCGAUGUACGCCGUUGCGUUGUUGAAGAGCGGCCAAGUUGAGGAUGGUAUCCACGAGGCUCGCAACAUGUUUGCCCGUAUCCGCUCCGCCGCUGCCAAGCAGGUUACUGUCGCGCCUGCCACUGUCCGUGAGCAGAUUACCGAGUCGCUUCAUCUCUUUAGCCGUGUCCUCAUGGAGACGGCCGCUGUUCUCUCACCUCAGGCCUCGAUGAAUCUGCUGUGGUCUAUGGUUGAGAAUGGCGGCCUCGUGUCUCUUCUUGCGGAGCACGCCGUCGCCAGUCUGGGACCUAUUGGCAUCUCGCAAUUGAGCCCAGCCGACCUUACUCUGGCUCUCCAGGUUCAGGCUCGCAUGCUGGCUGGAAACAGUGCUCUCAUCUUUGACGUUGCCCACCCGGUCCGCUUUGCCCACAUGCUCGAUGUCGCUCUGUCUGCUGCCCUCCCUAUGGAUACCAACACUACCCGUCUGGUCGACCAGGCCGUCGCCAAGCUGUUCACUAGCCGCCCCGACAUCGUUAAGAGGUGGCAGGAUCACUUGGAGGCCUCGACGCAGGCAUCAUUCCUGUCAGACCGCCACAGCCCCGUUUCCAUGGCCGAGACCAACAUCACGACCCCUUCUGUGAGCCCGGAUUCUUUCGACCCGUACGCCCAUGCCACCGACUUCCGAGGAUCUGCCAUCAUCGCCGAUGAGCUCGAAAAGACCACUGGCCGCGCCGAGACCCAUCUCAAUGAUGCUCUGAUUCGCCUCAAGAACAUGCGUCGCAUUGGCCGUCACCCUCGCUACAUCACCUACGCCAAGCUCAUCACCGCUGCCGCUAAGGUUGGUCGGAUGGAGUUGGUCCACGAGAUCCACUCCAUGGCCCGCACCGAUGUCCCCCUGAACCUGGCUCACAACGCCGUCAAGUACGGUUGGGUCUCCAUCCUUGAUGCCAUGGUCGCUGCCUGCCUCACUCUCGGUGACCGUCACCUGGCUGGUCAGUAUCACCAGGAGCUCCUCGGUCUCGGUUCUGCCCCCUCCGCCAACACAUUCGGCCUGUACAUCACCACCCUGAAGGAGUCGACCAAGACCUUUGACGAAGCCACCGAGGCCCUGAAGAUUUUCCACCGUGCUGUCGCCGAGGGUGUCGAGCCCACCUCGUUCCUGUACAACGCGCUUAUUGGCAAGCUCGGUAAAGCGCGUCGCAUUGAUGACUGCCUUGCCUACUUCGCCGAGAUGCGCGCCAACAACGUCCGCCCGACCAGCGUCACAUACGGUACGAUCGUCAACGCCUUGUGCCGAGUCAGUGACGAGCGCUUCGCCGAAGAGAUGUUUGAGGAGAUGGAGUCCAUGCCCAACUACAAGCCGCGCCCCGCCCCGUACAAUUCGAUGAUCCAGUACUUCCUGAACACCAAGCGUGAUCGUUCCAAGGUCCUCGCCUACUAUGAGCGCAUGCAGGCCCGCAACAUCAAGCCUACCACGCACACCUACAAGCUGCUCAUUGACGCUCAUGCCUCGCUCGACCCUAUUGACAUGCCCGCCGCCGAGCGCGUCCUCGCCGACAUGCAAGCCGCUGGUGUUCAGCCCGAUGCCGUGCACUAUGCUUCGCUUGUCCACGCCAAGGGCUGCGUUCAGCAUGAUCUCCCCGCCGCCCGCAAGGUCUUCGACUCCGUGCUCGCUGACCGCCGCGUGCGCCUGCAACCGUGCCUGUACCAAGCCCUCUUCGAGGCGAUGGUUGCCACCAACCGCGUCGCCGACACCGAGGAGGUCGUCAGCGGCAUGAAGCAGCGCAACGUCGAGAUAACCGCCUACAUCGCCAACACGCUCAUCCACGGCUGGGCAGCCGAGGGCAACGUCGCCAAGGCCAAGACUAUCUACGACAGCAUCGGCAUUGAGAAGCGCGAGCCUAGCACUUACGAGGCUAUGACCCGCGCAUUCCUCGGCGCUGAUGACCGUGCUGCCGCUGCCGGCAUCGUCCAAGAGAUGAUGUCGCGCGGAUAUCCAUCCGCCGUGGCCAGCAAGAUCAUCGACCUGGUCGGCACCGCUGCCCCCUCCGUCUAA